UCACCGCCACUUGAUGUGUCGAAUGGCCAGCUCCCGCAGUUCUUUGGUCAGUCGGAGAGGAUUUUCAACCGAGUCGCUCAACAAUCCCACCUGACAAAUACACCACACUAAUGCCGUGGUCAGACAAGGACAUCAACACGUCCCACCGACCAUUUUGCCAAACAUCUGCAGGCACGCCCAAUGACAGACAGAGAGCAGACGAGACAUCGCAUGACAUGGACUAGCGUAGGCUGCCACAUGGACUAGCAUAGCACCUGUCCCAGAAGGUGUUUGGGCUUGACGAACAGGCUCUGCAUCGCCGGAGCUGUUUGGAACAAAAAGUCAUAGAAUAUGAUGCCCAGCUGCUCCAUGUCGACUGCACACAGCAAGGAGGGAACAACAGAUGCAUGCGAGUCGUGGCUUUCAGAUGCACUCACGUAGACCACGCGGGCUUCCAUAUAUACAUACAUACAUACUCCUCCGUGUGUGUUAGUGUGUAUACACCUGCGUCCUGGACGAGCUGCCAGGACUUGUGGAUGACCGGGGCAUGCUUGUGCACCUGAUUGAUGAUAGUGGCCACCUCGUGGCAUAUUUGAUCCAGCAGCCACAUCCACGCCUCGGCCACGUCGGGCUCCGACUCCCAUGUCCCCUCGCCAACCAUGUCCCUGAAGAGACGCCGAGCCCCCAAACGAGUGCUCUCAUGACUUUUUCCCUUCGUGUCUCACUUGAUGGUGUUUGUGAUGGCCACUCUGAUGCCCACGAUAUGGGUCAUAUCAAGUUUCAGCUUGAGACACUCCAUGGCGAAGUCUUGACGACGUGUCUGGCAGGGUCAGACAGAGAGGACUCAUGCACAUGAAGAUACCGACCGCUUGAGGCGGGUGCCUUCGGGUGAUCGGUAGCUUACGAGGCACUUGGAUGUGUUGGUGAUGUGCAUCACAAUCUGGGCGAGACGCGGCCCAAGCCGAGGCAAAUCUGACUCGGUCUGAAACAGCAAAGCCGAAAAUGAGACAAACAUACUGACUAUUGGCGACGUCGCCGCUCACUGUCCGGCUCACCGCGAGUGACCAAUCUGUUCUUGCUUUCAUGGACUUCAUGAGGCUGAUACGUCUGGCCGACACGCCGGUCACCCCCGUGACGGCCGUGACCUGGCUCUUGGCCUCGGACAUGACGGCACUCUUGGCUUCAGAGACGGUGUCGUCAGCGCCAUCGGACCCCUGGCGGGGGGAGGAUGGGUCUUGGACGGUGCUCUUCUUCCUCAUAAUCGAUCGUCCACCGCCCGAAGACCUGGCAGUACUGCUUGCGGCCGCCGAGCAGGUUGAUGACUGUCUUUUUGACCUCAGGGUGGAGCUUGAUGAGCUCGUUGAUGAUUUUGGAAGUGAUCUCAAGCUGCACGCACUCACACACAUCACAUCGAUGUGGUGCUCCUCCCACGGUAUAGAUAUUCUGGUGAUGUAUCGGUGCUUCAAACCUCGAUCGCUGGGUGCUUGACGUCCUCCCAGGUGUGUCUGAUGGCUCCCACGAGUCUGAGGACAACAAUGUGGCCACCAGAGAAGUGUGUGUCGAGAGAAGGACAGUUCAUAAUUGUCCCAUCGACUGUCACCUUUCCGCGAGCUCCUGGCUCGAAAUGAGCAUCUCGCCUGAACAUAGCAGACACAGACACAGACACACACGUCAAGGCUUCAAAAAUGUAUGGGCGUGUAGUGUGUGUGUCACUUACUGGCUUCGUCCCACAUGUCGUUCUGACCCGAGGCCAAGAGGCCAAAAAGCACGAAACAAGAAACACUUGCUUGGGAAAACGAAGGGAGACGAAUCUUAUUUGGCUUCUUACUUACCCAGCUUGCCUCGGUGGCCGCUGUGAACUCACCAUCCUCCAACAGAUCUGGUGAUCAGCAAAGACACAACGAGACAGAACAAGAUCCCGGCGCGGUCCCCUGUCCCUGAGUGGCUUACUUUCGAGUGUGUCCAGCAGACAGGCCUUAAAAAGAGGGAAAUACUCCGGACGGCUGCCGUAAUCCACAUGACGGAUGCCGAGAUCUCGCAUCGUCUCCAGCAGGCUCUCCCUAUCAGUCUGUGCCUCGACCACAAACAAGACACCAAGAUGAACGACUGGCCAAAAGACCGGGAUGUGAGCGCCCGGGUGCACCUGGAAGAGGCCACAGAUGGUAGAAAUCAUUUCGCCAAACCUGCGCCGUCGACACACACGCACUCGUUGUACGUGACCCCAGCUGGCUGUUUUCGUGUGUGGCUGACUUGAGUGCCAUGAGUUCCUUGGGCCUCUUGAAGAGGUGCCGCAGAUCCGGCGCGUUCUUGAAUACGUUAUCGUACAGCUCCUCGCCGAUCUCCUGAGUGCACGUGGACAGGCACAUGAGGAAUGGGCGCGUACGGCGGGCAAGAUGCAUCGAGGCAUGCCUGCAGCGUGUAUCUCUCCUUCAGGAGACCCCAGGUCUUGUCAAUGAGCACUCCCCGCUCCUAGAGAGACGCAAGACAAGAACAGCAGGCGUAAGACCGAACACAAGAAGCAUAUCUCACCUUGUCUGACAU